AUGCUGAACGAAAUUCCGCCAACGUGUGUCUAUUCAUGUUGGAGUACGGAUCAGAAAGAAGUUUUGCGAUGCGGACUCCUUCAUAAAGUGCAUCCAGAAUGUGGCAAGAAAGACGUUUCGGUUUUAUUGACGCGGAAGAAGUUUGCCUAUGCAGAUGCGGAAUCCGUAUAUGAAACUGGAGAAGAGCUGUUCUUAGGAACAUCGACAAUAGAGGUGUUGGUGGAGUUGGCGUCCUCGUCAACACGAGUAUGGCAAAGAACAUCGACUCUUUCGAACAAUUUACGACCCGAAUCGGACGUCUGCGGAUGA